AUCACCUCGAGGCAAGGAAUACCAAGGCCCGAGCCGGCCGAGGGCCUCGUGUGAUAUCGAAGAAAAAGAGGAAGGAAAAAUAAAAAAAUAAAAAAAAGAAGGAGAAAAUAUCUGAGAUUUUCUCGUAACUAACCACCAACCAUAUCCUCUUCUUCUGUGUGUCUCAAAAUCUCAACUCCAUGCAUGGCUUCAAUUCCAAUUCCCUUGAACCCGAAUCCUAAUCGCCCCUUUCUCACCAAUUCCAAGCUCAAACCUUCCGUCAAAUUGAACAAAACCCACCGCCCAAGGUCCUCGGAAGAUGCUAAAGACCAAGAAAAACAGAAACUUGUCUACAAAUCCUACCUUAAACAACUGUCCUCCCUCUGCCGGGAAGGCCAGAUUGAGCAAGCCGUGGGCUUGCUCACACAAAUGGAGCUCAGUCACCUUCCAAUCGGUCCGGAAGCUUACACGGAGCUCCUUCAGGGGUGCGUGAACUUGCGAGCUUUAUCGACAGGCCGCCAAGUCCACGCCCGGCUGAUCAAGACCGGCGAGUUCUUUUCCGGGAAUGAGUACGUUGAGACGAAAGUCUUGGUUUUUUAUUCGAUGUGCGACGUCCCGGAUGCUGCAGGCAAUCUAUUCCGAAGGAUGAGGGUGAAGAAUGUGUUUUCAUGGGCUGCCAUCAUUGGGCUGUAUUGUAGGUUGGGAUCAUAUGAAGAGGGGCAGUUGGCUUUCUGUGAGAUGAUAGAGAGUGGUGUAACAGGAGACAGCUUUGUGCUGCCCAAUGUGUUGAAGGCCUGUGGGGCUAUGAUGUCGCUCGGGUUCGGGAGAGGAGUUCAUGGGUACGUGGAGAAGAUGGGCAUUGGUGGGUGUGUCUUCGUUGCGAGUAGUCUCGUGGAUAUGUACGGGAAGUGCAGGGCUUUGGAGGAUGCAAGAAAGAUGUUUGAUGAAAUGCCUGAAAGGAACGUAGUUGCUUGGAACUCGAUGAUUGUGGGGUGUGUUCAGAAUGGGAUGAACGAGUUGGCAAUCGGCCUGUUUCAUGAUAUGAGAGAGGAAGGUGUCGACCCGAGUCGUGUCACGAUCUCUAGCCUCCUUUCGGCUUCAGCAAACCUUGGGGUGGUUGAAGAGGGCAAGCAGGGGCACGCAAUAUCAAUCAUUGGAGGGUUGGAAUUGGAUAGUAUACUGGGGACUUCAAUCGUAAACUUCUAUACGAAGGUGGGCUUGAUCUGGGAUGCAGAGGUGGCAUUCAAGACGUUGAUGGAUAAGGAUCUUGUGACAUGGAAUUUGCUAAUUUCUGGUUAUGUUCAACACGGACAGGUCCCAAAGGCUCUUGACAUGUGCCAUAGGAUGAGAUUGUUACACUUGAGAUUCGACUCCGUGACUCUAGCAUCAGUCUUGAGUGCUUCAGCAAAAAAUUGUGACCUCAAUCGUGGGAAAGAAGCGCAUUGUUUUUGCAUCAAGAACAACUUUGACAAUGAUAUGGUUGUUGCUAAUAGCAUUAUUGAUAUGUACGCGAGCUGUGGGAGAAUUGAUUUCGCGAAAAUUGUCUUCGACUCCUCUAUUAGGAGAGAUCUCAUCAUGUGGAAUACAAUCAUAGGAGCUUAUGCAGAGGUAGGUGAAAGCAGCGAGGCCUUGAGAUUGUUUCAUCAGAUGCAGCUCGAAGGCAUAUCACCAGAUGUGAUCUCAUGGAACUCUUUGAUAUCAGGGUUCCUAAAAUGUGGUCGAGUCAAUGAGGCUAAGGAUAUGUUUUCGCAGAUGGAGGUGUCCCACGAAACUAAACCAAACCUUGUUACUUGGAAUACCCUCAUCUCGGGUCUCGCUCGGAACGGCUUCUGUGAGGAGUCAAUCUGGAAUUUCCUUAAGAUGCAAGAAUCGGGAGUUAGACCUAACAUUGCCUGUCUCAGUGGUGCCCUCUCGGCUUGUACAAAUAUGGCCUCUCUGCGGCUCGGAAAAUCCAUUCAUGGGUAUGUUGUAAGGCACAACCUACCCUCCUCCGUUCACAUUUCAACAUCCUUACUUGAUAUGUACGCUAAGUGUGGAAAUAUAAUGGGAGCAAAUAGGCUAUUUGAUAAAAUUUCGAGCAAAGAACUGCCGGUCUAUAACUCAAUGAUCUCGGCAUAUGCAUUCCAUGGACAUGCUGAUGAAGCACUUGCACUUUACAGACACCUUGAAGAGGAGCAGGAGGAUAAUAUAGAACCGGAUGAGAUCACUUUCACUAACGUUCUAUCAGCCUGUAGCCAUGCAGGACGAAUAAAAGAGGCCGUUGAGAUUCUUGAUCGUAUGGUCUCCAAGCAUGACUUGCAGCCAAACUUGGAGCAUUAUGGGUGUGUGGUUGAUCUACUAUGUCGGAGCGGUAAUGUGGAAGAGGCUUUAAGGAUUACUGACACGAUGCCGUACGAGCCAGACUCGCGUAUUUUCGGGUCCUUAAUUUCGAGUUGCCGGGAGCAGGGUGAGAUAGAACUUGUGGAUUAUUUAUCAGAGCGGUUAUUGGAAUUAGAACCGGAGAGUUCCGGGAAUUAUGUGGCCAUUUCAAAUGCGUAUGCAGUAGCAGGAGGGUGGUAUGAGGUAUCGAAACUGCGGGAGCUGAUGAGGGAGAAGGGGCUGAGAAAGAGCCCUGGGUGUAGCUGGGUUCAGAUAGGGUCGGAGCUUCACGGUUUUGUUGCGGGAGAUUGGUCCCACGAGAAUAUACACGAGUUGCGUGCCAUCCUGGCCUUGUUGGAUAUGGAAAUACAUCGGGUCGAAUCGUUGUUGACGGGAUUUUUCAAUAGUUGCCAAAGAUUGGCAUAACCCCAUUUUGUUUAAAUAUAGAGAUAUGAUUAUAUGGAAGUUGACACCGUUCGUGUUCUCUUUCCGGCUCGGUUGAGCUUGCCACGAGAUUGUUAUGUAGAUAUGUAGUUUAUCAACAACAGAGCUAUUCAGAUUAGUUGUAUAAAUGAUUGAACUGUAUUCUCUUCUCUCUGUACAUGACUUAGCAGAAGGAUAUCAGAGUGUAUAUAUUCGAUUUUGGAGUUCA